UUUGGUUGCACAUAGGCUGCAGUUUCAGUUUGUUUUAUUCACCAUUUUGAGUAGCUGAAGGUAAAAAAAAUAAGAAUAUUUGCGUUUGGAGGACAAGUCGCUGCCGCACUUUUAUUUUCACGCGUUAGCUCGGACGGCGGAGUCGUGCGUCAGCCUCGCUCCUCCUCGGGUGUUUUGCAGAGCGGGAACCUAUAUUUCUUUUUUUCCCCCGUCGCUUUUUCUUCUCCCCCCUUUUCUUACAUCCUUAACCUCUACAGUAUUCCUGCAAAAUGUCAAGACCAGUGAGGAACAGGAAAGUGGUGAACUACUCACAAUUCAAUGAAUCUGACGAUGCAGAUGAGGAGUAUGGUGACGAUAAGCCUAAGAAGGUGCGCGCAGCCCCUCGUGAGCCAAAGCACAAGCGCUCAAAGAACUCACAGGAUGACAGCGAGGACUCCGAUGAAAAGGUCUCCAAAGCCAAAAAUGAUUCAGCCGACGACUUUGGCAGCGAUGAGGAGGACAACGACUUCGGCGAGGAAGAAGAAGAAGACGGAGGGAGCGACUACGAAGAAAAACGAGGGAAAAAGGGAAAGAAACCCAAGGUGGAGAAGCCUACCAAGAGGACGCCGAAGAGAAAACGGGCUGCAGAUGACAGCGAUGACGACAGAGAAGUGAGUCGAAAGCGUACAGUGCGCCAGGCGGCCUCCAAGGCUGUGUCCAAACAGAGGGAGAUCCUGCUGGGCGACGGAGGCAGCGAAGACGAGGAGCGCGAAGACCAAGAGGAGCCCUACAUGGACCCCGACGAGUCCGGCAGCGACGAGGACUUCAUGGUGGAAGAUGAUGAUGACAGCGACUACGGUCACUCCAAGAAGAGAGGCAAGAAGGUGAUCCGACGGGGACGGCCGGAGAAGAAGGAGAAGAAAUCCCCCAAGCCCCGACUAAAGGCCACAGUCACCCCCAGCCCAAUGAAAGGCAAGGGCAAGGGCCGCCCCAGCGCCAAGGCCCUGGAGAAGAGCUCACCCAAAGAGGAGGAAGAGGAGGACCCCGAGAGUCCCCUGGAGGAGGAAGAGGAGGAGGCUGAGAAGAAGGAGACCUCCCCCGCCCCCAAGACGACGAAGGAGGCCGCAGGAGGGGAGGAGGAGGAGGAAGACGAAGAGGAGGAGGACGGCUCAGAAGAGGAGGCACCCUCUGGAGAAGACUAGAAGAUUGGUACCCGUUGACACCCAUCCUCGAUGUCUCUCUCUCUCUCUCUCCCUCUCUCUCUCUAUCUCUCUCUCUCUCUCUCUCUCUCUCUCUCUCUCUCUCUUCUCAAGUUUUUGUUUCUUUUGUUGCUCUGCGUUUAUAGUUUUUAUUUCUUUUUUUUUUUGUUUUGUUGUUGGUUUUUUUUUGUUUUCCUCAUGGUGGCCUGGCUCAAUGGUUUGGACUUAAUGUGCUUUUUCUUUACACUGCUCCCC